AUGGCUAACCUACUUCUUCAGGACCCGUUUUCGGUUCUCAAAGAGUACCCGGAACGGCUGACACAAACUUUGGAAACUCCAUUACACACAUGUUGCGUCCAGUUCUCUCAGGGAGGUGACUAUUUGGCUUUAGGCUGUUCAAAUGGGGCGGUUAUAAUAUAUGACAUGGACACGGCAAAACCGAUUUCAAUGCUUGGUAAUAAAGGCGGUGGCCAUGUCAGAUCCAUUCAGUCUAUUGCAUGGUCAAAAGAUGGCCGAUACAUUCUAACAAGUUCCAGAGACUGGUACGUUAAGAUGUGGGAUCUGAAGAAACCAGGGGAGCCAGCGCGGCAGGUAAAAUUUGAUUCACCGGUUUGGACGUGUCAAUGGCAAUCUAAUGGUACGCUUGGCUGCGUAGCAACCGUGUACGAAGAGAACCACGCGUUUUCCAUAGACUUGGAGUCCGACGUUCCCACAGUAUCUCAAAUUUGUGAUAUAGGACAAAAUGAGGGACAAGGAGCUGAUGGAAAGUCUGUCGACUACGGUUAUACUCUUGUGGCAUGCAUGCAUCCUAAGCACAAAGACCUGCUUCUUACCGGAACCUCAAAGGGCUGGAUCAAGAUAUACAGACUUUCACAGCAGGCCAAGGAACUUAUACAUACUUUCCGGUUUGCAUACUCAAACGCAAAACACAUGAUCAUAUCCCAGUCUGGCGACAGAAUAGCCAUCAAUUCAGCAGAUCGCACGAUCAGGCAGUACAUGUUAACUAUGAACGACGAAGCCACAGAGUUUAAUUUUACGCUCGAGUAUCGCUAUCAAGAUGUAAUCAAUAGGCUUCAAUGGAACGGUAUAUUUUUCAGCAGCAAUUCUGCCGAAUAUCUGGUGGCUUCAACCCAUGGUUCUUCGGCGCAUGAUUUAUAUCUUUGGGAAACGAGUACUGGAACUCUUGUGAGAGUCUUAGAAGGUACUGAGGAAGAGUUGCUUGAUAUUGACUGGGAUUUCUACAACAUGUGCAUUGCAAGCAAUGGGUUAGAAACCGGUAAUGUGUAUAUUUGGUCAUUGGUGAUCCCACCAAAAUGGAGUGCUUUGGCUCCCGAUUUCGAGGAGGUGGAAGAAAAUAUUGAAUACCGGGAGAAAGAAGACGAGUUCGAUCAAGUGGGACAACUCGAGCAACAACAAGAGCUUGAUCAGGCCGAGGAAGUCAAAAUUGACCUUCGAACCCGCGAGAGUUUCGAUGUAAGGGGAAAUGAAAUCAGCUUUGAUCGUUUUGUUAUACCUAUUGACUAUGAAAGUAUUUUGAUGCUCAAAUACUGGGAUAGAGAGAACUGA